AUGGCUUGGUUGUUGAACAAUCCGGUUACUUUUCUGUACAAUUCCGACGUCCGGUCGCCGGAAUACUUCUUUCCUAAACGGUUGCGUUCCAAAGCCAAUUAUCGGGGAUAUAACAAUAAGUCUUUUAAUAGUAUUAUCAAUAUCGGAAAUUGUAGUAGUAUCAAUGGCAGUAAGAGUAAAAUUUUGUGUGAAGCAGUAUCUGUGCAGCCACAAACUGAUAUUGAAGGCCUUAACAUUGCCGAAGAUGUAACCCAGCUUAUUGGGAAGACACCAAUGGUUUACUUGAAUACUAUUGUAAAAGGUUGUGUUGCUAACAUAGCUGCGAAGCUUGAGAUUAUGGAGCCAUGUUGUAGUGUCAAGGAUAGGAUAGGAUACAGUAUGAUAGCUGAUGCUGAGGAAAGAGAACUUAUAACUCCUGGGAAGAAAAGAAAAUUGGAAACCUUGUCUAGAUCAUUAUGCAGCCACGCCUAUGCUUGGGAGCAGUUGCUUGACCAGAAAAUGCCAGGGUGGUUUUACAGCUACUUAAGUGGGAUUUCCCAGGAGUUCUUGAAAAAUGAAAAGGUCUGGAAAAAGACACCAUCCUGGAUUGAAGACAGAAACAUAGUGCAUUCUUUUGUUUCUGGUGAUGUUUAUUAUAUUGACAAGCAGGUUGUUGAGGUGCCUAAUAUCAGCUGGGACAACAUUGGAUGCCUUGAAAAUGUGAAGCGGGAACUUCAGGAGACUUUUCAAUAUCCCGUGGAACAUCCAGAGAAGUUCGAGAAGUUAGGUAUGUCACCUUCAAAAGGUGUUCUUUUUUAUGGCCCUCCUGGAUGUGGGAAAACUCUACCGGUGAAGGUGAUUGCGAAUGUGUGCCAAGCUAAUUUCAUUAGUGUUAAAAGGACCUGA